CUACAACUCGAUGAGAUUGCGGCCAUUGCUGUGAUCACUCGUUGCGGCGACGUGUAUCAAAGAAUCCUAAAUGAUUAUGAUUUCAAGUUGUAUGUGAGUGAAGUAGCUGUGGAAUUGAUUGAAGAAAAAAACAUGAUUGAACUUGGGCGAGAUUUUGUGUUUCCUAAAAUGCAUUACAAGGGCAAGAUAGAGAGUAGAACGGUGAAGAUUCCAAAGAAACAACUCUCUUUAAUAACUGAAAUUUCUAAACCAAUUAAAUCUCCAACCAACAGUAUAAAUGACAAUAAAAUUAAAGACGACAAUAAUGAAGAUGAUAUUUCAAAAGCUCAAAAACCCGAGUACAUAAUCACUGAACAUGAUAUUAACAACCUAUGCUAUUUAUUAAUAUCAAUUGAAAUACCUUCUUUAGAAUUAAUUGAAAAGACAAUUGUAGACAUAGAAUCUUCCAGACUUUUUGUAAAUUCUUUUGGAAAAUAUGUAUUAGAUUUACCAUUACCUUAUGUUGUUGAUAUUAGUACAGCAAAAGCUAAAUUUGUUAAAUCCAAAAAAAGAUUAAUUGUAAAGUGA